AUGAAUAGACUGGAAAUAUCAGAAAUAGACAGUUCAACUGACAAAAGAGUGUCCUUGAUGAACUGUGAUAAACUAACUGUUUUAGCUGAUGCAUUACUAAAAGAACUUUUAAAUGAGAACCUUGAUGAAUUCCGGAGUAUACUACAUGCUAUGAAAACUCCUAGUGCAAAGAGGGUGACAGUGUUGAACGAAAGCCAUGGGAGCUAUACACUGUUGCAGUAUGCAAGUAAACGCGGAUUGUUAGGAUUUGUGGAUGAAUUGUUAAAGCAUGGUGCAUCCCCAACAAAAAAGGAUAACAUCAACAUCCUGUCUGCAGUCUUACUGGCCACCAAACAUGGCCAUCACAAGAUUCUCAGGAGACUUGUGGACAGCAUGACACAAGAAGAUCUCAUAAAUGGUGCUCUUCAAGUAAGCAGUGAAGAACAGGAAACUCCACUACACAUGACAGUCAUGUGUCACAAUUCCCACAGCAGUGAUGAGGUUAAUUAUUACCAGUGUCUGCAGAUUCUCCUUGAAUACAAGAGGUUUCUCAAUCUUGAUGCAAAGAAUGAUGACGGCAACACAGCUCUACAUUAUGCUGCCCUCUGCCGAGACCUCCGUGCAUUUCGCGAUCUUCUCAAAAGUGGUGCAGACUUCAACAUUAGGAAUAUUGUUGGCCUAAGUCCAUUACAUUAUAUAAAGAAGGAAAGUUUGUGCAAGCCUUAA